AUGGCUCCAACUUGGAUAUCAACUGUUGUCUCAUUCUUGGCACUUACGCCGUUCAUCUGUGAAGCCUCCCCCAGUUCCAAGUUUGUCAAGGACUGCGAAAGCCUUGGAAAAACAGCGCGCCUCCCAAAUGCCACGAUCCAUGCUUCCGAGUUUGUCGAGGCCGGCACGAACUUAACUUUCCCAUUCUACGAUGCGACUUGCAAAUUGACAUCUCAAGUUGUAAAGUCAGACAUAUGCCGUCUCUCAUUUGACGUCGCCACUAGCAGCAAUAGCAGUGUACAGUUCGAGGCCUGGCUACCCGUGGAGUGGAGUGGGCGCUUCCUAGGUGUUGGCAAUGGAGGCCUGGGUGGCUGUUUCAAGUACGAUGAUCUCAACUACGGGACAUCCUACGGAUUCGCCACCAUCGGUACCAAUAAUGGCCAUGACGGAAACCAGGGAAAACCUUUUUAUCAACACCCUGGCACAGUUGAAGACUACGCGUAUCGCUCAGUCCAUCUAGAAGCAGUGCUUGGGAAGCAGAUCGUCAAGGCUUUCUAUGGCUCUAGUCAUAAGAAGUCCUACUACCUUGGCUGUUCAACCGGUGGAAGACAAGGCUUCAAAGAGGCUCAGGAUUUCCCCGAGGAUUUCGACGGCAUUGUAGCCGGGGCACCUGCGUUCGAUAUGCUGGCGCUAUUCUACUGGAGCGGCAUACUAAGCAGAGCACUCGGGAAGCCGGGUUCUGCAACCUAUUUGACUGCCGCUGAUUGGAGCAUCAUAUAUGAUGAUGUACUUGAGCAGUGCGACGAGCUUGAUGGUGUCAAAGAUGGCAUCAUUGACGAUCCUGAUCUCUGCCAAUACCGCCCCGAAGCCUCAAUAUGCGGAAUUGGCCAAAAGUCUGAUUGCCUUACAGGGCCAAAAGCUGAGACUGCCAGGACUAUCUUCACACCCGUAUAUGGCCCUGACGGUCAGUUUGUCUAUCCAAGACUACAACCAGGAGCAAAUGCCACUGAUCGCCUUACAUCUCUUGAGCAACCCUUUGGCUAUCUGCUUGACUGGAUGCGCUACGUUGUCAAAAGCGAUCCUGAGUGGGACCCAUGGACUUUUACCGCAGAUGACUGGCCAGAGGUAUCAGCAAAGGAUGAUUACGGUGUCGCAACAUGGAGUGGAAACUUGACUGGUGCCCGAAAUCGAGGAACAAAGAUUCUCCAUUAUCACGGACUACAGGAUCCGCUCAUCACCAGUGACAAUUCGGCCCGUUAUUACAACUAUGUGAGCCGAACCAUGGGACUAACUUCAAAGGAGAUGGAUGGCUUCUAUCGCUAUUUCCGUAUCUCUGGUCUGGGGCACUGUCGAGGUGGAACAGGUGCCAACAUGAUUGGAGGGAACGCUGAUACCAUUGGUCCUUACGAGCCGGAAAGUAAUGUUUUGGCGGCUAUUGUGGAUUGGGUUGAGAAUGGAAAGGCUCCGUCGUUUAUCAAGGGAACACAGUAUGCCUCGACUGGUUCCAAAAAGGUUGUUGCGGAAAAGAAGCAUUGUCGAUAUCCCCGACGAAACGUGUAUGUCAAGGGUAACCCUUCAAUGCCUGGCAGUUGGCAAUGCAAGUAG